AUUCCUUUCCUAAAAAAUUCCUCCAAAGAAAGUCACGUGCUCCUGGUUUUUCAGAUAUUUUCAUUAAAUUUUUUUUUCAUUAAAUAAAAAAUGAAGCAGCAGACUGGAAAAAAGAACGCCCCCAAGGCCAAAUCGAAGGCCGCAGAGCCGGCGAAGAAAGGCCAACCUAAGGUGGCCACUGCAGAGACCGCAGCUCCUGCGAAAUCUUCUGCCCCUGUAGUGUCUUCGAAAAAAGUAGCCAAGGCUCCAGCCGUGGCUCUAAAGAGUAUGGAGUUGGCCAUGAAUGAGACGGCUAAAAAGAACCUUGAAAAAGCCUCUUCGAAAAAAGUAGCCAAGGCUCCAGCCGUGGCUCUAAAGAAUAUGGAGUUGGCCAUGAAUGAGACGGCUAAAAAGAACCUUGAAAAAGCCUCUUCGGCCAAAAAAGCAGCCGAAUCUUCUGGAAAGAAGUCAGGAGCAGCUUCGGAACCUUCGGUACCGGUGCCCAAUACAAAGAGGUCUGCACCUCCGGCAAAGAAAGCUGGAGCUCCAGCUCCCAAAAAGGCAUCCCCCGUUGAACCGCCAAAGAAAAUCGCUGCUCUAGCCCCAAAAACCGAAAAGAAGGAAGUUGUAGCACCCAAAGCGGAAGCAGAUCCUGAAAUUACUGGAAAAAAGACUGCUGCCGUGACCAAACCAAAGCCCAAGCCGAAACGCCCGAAGAAUGUGCUGCGCGGAAAAAAGUUGCCCAAAAAGAAGGUCUGGGAACGCUUCGUCAUCGAUUGCGACUGCGUGGCCGAGGACUUGAUUCUGGAUGUCGCCGACUUGGAGAAGUAUUUGAAGACCCACCUCAAGGUGAAGAGCAAGAUCAACCAGCUGAACGACCUGGUGACCUUCGAGAGGGUCAAGAACUCUACGUUGGUCAUCCACAGCGGUGUGCACUUCUCGAAGAGGUACUUCAAGUACCUGACCAAGCGCUAUCUCAAGAAGCACAGCCUGCGCGAUUGGGUGCGAAUUGUGUCCACUGGCAAGGAUACCUUCUCCAUGUGCUACUUCAAGAUCCAGGGACAGGACGAUGACGACGAGGAUGAUGCCAAAGCUGAGGCAAAGGCCAAAAAAUAAUCAUACACUUUAAAAGCAUUUAUAACAUCCUCAUAAGAAUUCAAUUCUCAAAAAAUCAUUCAGUAAACUUCCGUUUAACCUUUUUCUGAUUCUUAAAAGGCUGUACUAAUUUUCAAAGAUUUUUGAUUCACAAAAACAUGUGUUUUUAAUUAUUAAGUGAUGAGGUACUUUGUACUUUACACUCAUUCCAUCAAAACUAAUAAAAA